AUGGGUAAAAAGUCGAAGAAACAAGUCGAAGAUAUUUGGGCUGAGGAAGACGUCCCUGAAGCCGAAGAAUUUGGUAAUACUGAAUCUAAUACAGCAGAAGCAACGAAUCCAGAUCAAGAAUCAAAUAAUGAAACUAAUGGUGAUGCUCCAGAAGAAGCUUCAGCAGAUGAUAUCGCCGGUGAUUUUUUAGGAUCUAUCCGUAAAAAUAAACAAAAGAAAGCGCAAAAGGAAGAAGACAAAUCUAAAGCAGAAUCAAAUGGAGCUCCAAAAAUUUUAUCCAAAAAGGAAAAAGAAAAAUUGAAGAAAGAAGCUGAAAAGCAAAAGAAAAAGGAACAAGCUCAGAAAAAGAAGGAACAACAAGCAACUAAGAAAGAGCAGAUUAAAGAGGCCAAUAAACAAAAUGCUGCUUCAGUUUCAGCGUCAGCAACACCGGAACCUGAAGACACAAAAUCUGAAGAUCAACAAGAAAAAUCUAAACCUGCUAAAAAAGGUGGUAAAAAAGCUCCAGCAGGUCUUGCGGCAUUGAGAAAACAAUUGGAGUUGAAAAAGCAAUUGGAAGAAGAACAACGUAAAGCUGAAGAAGAAGAGGAGAAUCAAAGAUUAGAAGAAGAAAGAUUAGCCAAAGAAGAGGAAGAAAAGAAAGAAGCCGCUAGAGCAGCAAAGAAAGAACGUGAUAGAUUGAAGAAAGAGCAAUUAAAAGCCGAAGGUAAAUUACUUACUAAGAAACAAAAAGAAGAGAAAAAAUUACAAGAACGUCGUCGUGCUCAAUUAUUACAAGCCAACAAUGUUUCAGUACCUGGAUUACAAAAAGAAGCCAAAGAUGGUGAGACUCCAAAACCUAAAAAAAUAGUUUAUGAAAAGAAGAAAUCAUCAAAAGCGAAGACAUUUAUUCAAAAACCUCAACAACAAAAACAAACAGAAAAGAAACAAGAGGAAGAAGAAGGUGAUGAGCCAGUGGUUGACGAUUGGGAGAAAAUGGCUCUUGACGAUGACGAAGCUGUUGAAGAUUGGGAAUCCGCUGCUGUAGAAGAUGCCAAAGAACAAGAAGAGAAAGAAGAAGAAGAGGACCAGGAAGAAGAAGACGAGGAAGAAGAAGAGGAAGAAGACAGUAAAGAAGAUGAAGAGGCUGAAAGGAAGAGAAAGGAAGCCGAUGCAGCAGCCAAAGCUGAAUCGGAAAGACAAGCAAAAGAAGAACAAACUAAACAACAACAACAACAACAAGCACAAGUUACAAAACCAUCCACGAAUAAUACUGCAUCUUCAACAGAAAAAGAAUUACGUUCACCUAUAUGCUGUAUAUUGGGUCAUGUUGAUACCGGUAAAACCAAAUUAUUAGAUAAAAUCCGUCAAACAAAUGUUCAAGGUGGAGAAGCUGGUGGUAUCACACAACAAAUUGGUGCUACUUAUUUCCCAGUUGAUGCUAUAAAACAAAAAACUGCAGUCAUGGAAAAAUAUGAAAAACGUUUCUUUGAAGUUCCAGGUUUAUUAAUUAUUGAUACACCAGGUCACGAGUCUUUCACCAAUUUAAGAUCUCGUGGUUCAUCAUUAUGUAAUAUAGCCAUUUUAGUUAUUGAUAUUAUGCAUGGUUUAGAACAACAAACUAUUGAAUCUAUAAGACUUCUUAGAGAUAGAAAAGCUCCUUUUGUUGUUGCAUUAAAUAAAAUUGAUAGAUUAUAUGAUUGGAAAGAAAUUCCAAAUAAUUCAUUUAGAGAUUCAUUUUCAAAACAAACUAAAUCUGUUCAACAAGAAUUUCAUAAUAGAUAUGAACAAAUUAAAUUAGCUUUAGCUGAACAAGGUUUAAAUUCAGAAUUAUAUUUCCAAAAUAAAAAUAUGUCAAAAUAUGUAUCUAUAGUUCCUACUUCAGCUGUAACUGGUGAAGGUGUUCCAGAUUUAUUAUGGUUAUUAUUAGAAUUAACUCAAAAGAGAAUGUCAAAACAAUUAAUGUACUUGUCUACUAUUGCUGCUACAAUCUUGGAAGUCAAAGUUGUUGAAGGUUUUGGUUAUACUAUUGAUGUUGUUUUAUCAAAUGGUAUAUUGAGAGAAGGUGAUCGUGUUGUUUUAUGUGGUUUAAAUGGUCCAAUAGCGACAAAUAUAAGAGCUUUAUUAACACCACCACCAUCAAGAGAAUUACGUAUUAAAUCAGAAUAUAUACAUCAUAAAGAAGUUAAAGCAGCAUUGGGUGUUAAGAUUGCUGCAAAUGAUUUAGAAAAAGCUGUUGCUGGUUCUAGAUUAUUAGUUGUUGGUGAAGAUGAUGAUGAAGAAGAAUUAAUGGAUGAAGUUAUGGAUGAUUUAACUGGAUUAUUAGAUUCAGUUGAUACUUCAGGUAAAGGUGUAGUUGUUCAAGCAUCAACUUUAGGUUCAUUAGAAGCUUUAUUGGAUUUUUUGAAAGAUAUGAAAAUCCCAGUUAUGUCUAUUGGUUUAGGUCCAGUAUAUAAAAGAGAUGUUAUGAAAGCAGUUACAAUGUUGGAUAAAGCUCCUGAAUUAGCAGUUAUGUUAUGUUUUGAUGUUAAAGUUGAUAAAGAAGCAGAACAUUAUGCUGAUGAAAAUAAUAUUAAAAUUUUUAAUGCUGAUAUUAUUUAUCAUUUAUUUGAUGCUUUUACAGCUUAUCAAACAAAAUUAUUAGAAGCAAGACGUAAAGAAUUUAUGGAAUAUGCAGUUUUACCAUGUGUUUUAAAAACUAUACAAAUUAUUAAUAAAAGAAAUCCUAUGAUUAUUGGUGUUGAUGUAAUUGAAGGUGCAGUCAGAAUUGGUACUCCAAUUUGUGCAGUUCGUCAAGAUCCAGUAACAAAACAACCAAGUAUAAUGGUAUUAGGUAAAGUUUCAUCAUUAGAAGUGAAUCAUAAACCAGCUGAUUCAGUUAAAAAGGGUCAAACAGCAGCAGGUGUUGCAAUGAGAUUAGAAAAUCCUUCAUCAGCUCAACCAGUUUGGGGUCGUCAUGUUGAUGAAAAUGAUAAUUUAUAUUCUUUAAUUAGUAGAAGAUCAAUUGAUACUUUAAAAGAUCCUGCUUUUAGAGAUACUGUUUCAAGAGAUGAUUGGUUAUUAAUUAAAAAAUUAAAAACUGUAUUUGAUAUUAAAUAG